AUGGGCGGAUGUACUUCAAAAAGUAAAAACAAGAAAAACUCAUACCUCCUGGAAGUGCACGAGGGUCAUGAGAUGGGUAUCAACUGUAUGGCACUCAGUGAAGAUGGGUCUGUCAUCGCGACCGGAAGUGAAGAUAAAACUGCGCGUUUGUGGAGUGCUAAGACUGAUUACUGUGAAUGUAUUGGUAUAUUGAAAGGUCACGAGGAAUAUAUCAACUGUAUCGUCAUAGAGGACUGCUAUGUGGUGACCGGAAGUGCUGAUAAAACUAUGCGGAAGUGGGAUGUCAGCACGUGUGAAUGCGUGCUCAUCUGUCGAGGUCAUACUUCGGUUAUCUACCGAAUGAUCUGCACGGGGGACUUUCUGUUUACUAGUUCCUACGACAGAACUGCCCGCUGCUGGGAUUUCGACAACGGUGAAUGUUUGAGAGUAUUUCGAGGUCACAAACGAGGGGUAUAUCCUCUAAUAUUCAUCCCAGCCGACGAUGAGGAAGAUUUGGCCGAAGACCAUGUAGAUCUAGAUGGCGGCACCGAUAUUCUAAUCACGGGGUCGGCAGAUUCCACAGCGAGGUCCUGGAAUUUUGAGACAGGGCAGUGUAUGAAGGUGUUUAAGGGCCACACAGGGGCUAUUACGUGCAUGGCAACGGACAAUGUCGGUCGUGUACUUUUCACCGGAAGUACCGAUAACUCUGUCCGGAGCUGGAACCUUAUAAAGGCGGAACCAAUUAAGAUUUUCGAGGGCCAUACAGCGUCUGUGAUCUGCAUGCAAGUUGUCAAUAAAAUGAUGUAUACCGGAAGUUCAGACCAUACCGGAAGAGCCUGGGUGACCGAGUUUGGCGACUGCACUCGAGUAUAUAAAGGUCACAAACACACAGUCAGCGUCGUUAAGGUCAGGGAUGGGUUAGUGUAUACUGCUUGUGGUGACGGUGUUGCCCGUUGCUAUGACGCCAAAUCAGGAUCGCAGAAACGGGAGUUCAAUGUCUACACUGGCUCUGGAGACUCCACUGUAAGACAGUACGACACAAAAACGGCUUGUUUAAUGCAUAUAUUCCAGGACACAGAGACAUCUGUAAGCUGUCUGGAGGUCGUAGAUGGUCGUCUGUUCACUGGGUCGUUUGAUGGUUGUCUAAGGGUCUGGGACGCCACGGGAAUAAAGGAGGAGACCGUGUUUGGAAAGGAGGAAAAUAAGGAAAAAGAAGUGAAGGAAAACGGUCAGACUAAAGGCGGGAUUCCGGAUAAUCAGGUCGACAACAACCAAAACAACAACAAAAUUAUGAUUGACUAG